CAAACUAAAUGAUAAUAAAUCUCCAUAAUGAGAAAAAUAUUAAAUUAGAUAAGAUAUUUUAAACUCCUAAAUCUGCAAUAAUUGGUAAAGAAGUAAUGAAAUUAAGUUUUUAAAGCCUCCUUAAGAACCACACAUCACCCUUUAAAUACCCCCUCAAGUUAACCUCAUUUCUUACAACUACACAAAUUAGCUUUGUCAUGUCUAUUCUUUCCAAUUCUUCUAACAUGGCAAAGAAGGAAUCGAGAGGUCGUCAAAAGAUAAAAAUGGCUAGGAUUAAAAACCCAAGUCAUAGACAAGUAACCUUCUCAAAACGCCGUCUAGGGUUGUUUAAGAAGGCUAGUGAAAUAUGCACUCUUUGUGGUGUAGAAGCCGUUAUAAUUGUUUUUUCCCCUGGCCAAAAAAUUUUCUCUUUUGGAUACCCAAAUGUUGAUUCUAUAGUCGUUCGUUACCUUAGUCGUAACCCUACAAGUCGGCAAACAUCGAGCAAUGGUACCAAAUCUGAAGGCGUUGGUGGUCAACAAAGCUCUACUAUGCGCGAACUCAACUCGCAGUUAACCAAAAUUCUUGAUCUCCUAGAGGCUGAAAAGAGUAGGGGAGAUGUGUUUAACACCUUAAAGAGGAAGCCUAACCAAUGUUGGUGGGAGGCGCCUAUCGAUAAACUUGGCUUGCAUGAACUCGAAAUUUUGAGUGCUUCAAUGGAAGAUCUUAAGAAAAAUAUAGCUAAUCAAUCCAUGUUUCUAGAGAAAACAAUCUCUUCUUCAUCAGCUUUAGGCAUGAACAAAGGUAAUGGCGCCGGAGUUUCUGAUCAACAACAUUUUGACCUUAAAUCUAUUGAGGCCAAAAUUGAAGGGUUUGCUCUUCCUGAUCAUCUAAUUGCCAACUUUCAUGCACCAAAAUUCUUCUAAUAUUGCCUCUGUUUUUCUGUUUUUUGACUAGCAUCUCACUAGUCCUACCUACAGGUUUUUUUUCCUCGUUUUCGCUACGGUUGUUUUCUCCUCGCUUAGGCUAUGGUUGGUUUUUUUGUUCUUCCUCUGUUGAAAUAAUUUCAAUUUUGGAAAAAUAUCUACAAGUUCAGUAUGUAAUAAUUUCUUCAUGCAAUAAAAGUAGCAGAGAUUCUUCUAUUUGGUUUUAGCUGUCUAUAUAUCACUCCUACUGUUACAUGUUGCCUAAAUCUAUCAUUUACUGACAGCUACUCAUAUUAAUUACCAUUUUUCGGUUACCAUAUUUUGCUAUGAUUAUUAUUGCACUUGUACACGAUUUAUAUUAAGGCCAUAAAGUAUUGACACUUAAAUUUUCAAGCUAAUGGCAUAUGAAAUCAGAAAAGUAAUGUCAGAGAAGUACCUACUGUCGGAGAAAUAAUGUCAUUGAAAUUGUUUGAAUCCCCGAAUUUCAUGUGUUUAACUGAUAUUGCUAAAUGAAGAAGAUCAAUACAAAAUACAGAAAA